AAACAAACUCAAACCCACCACAAAUGGGCACCAACACGGGACAACGAUUUGCGCAAGCCUAAACGUAUAAUUUAUCUCUGAAAAAGGAAAGUUAAAGUGAACAAAGUGACUAUGGCUGAAGGAGGAAGGCUUCCUUGGUCCUCUCGUCGUCGACAAGCUCGCCGUCGAAGACGGUGGAACGACAGUGAGAGUAGCGACAAUGAAGAAUCUGAACUCGACCGCGAUCUUCUUCGCGUUGUUCUCAGCGACUCCGAAGAUUUUGUACCGGAUGAUGUUAAAAACACAUCAUCUGUUGCUUGCAGUUGUGAUACAGACCUUGAAGACGAACAGCCUGGUGGCACUGAAUUGUCGAAUGUAAAGAAUUGUCCUAAUCUAAGUGAUCUAGAUCCCGAAGUUCGACGUCUUUCUCAAAGCUUUCGCUUGCUUGCCAAGAAGGUAACCCGUCGAAAAAAUGAAAAAGACUCGCGUAAAAAACCUUCUGGUGUGAAUCGAAGAAGCGAUCGAGACGAAAAUGGCUUGGGUUAUUAUGCUCGUUGCUUGCAAGAAGCGAAGCGAGUUCGAGAGAAGGCGGAAUUGGAGGCCCGAAAUAAGCGAAUGGGCUUGACUCGAAGACGCCGACCGCUUAGCAUGACAAGUUUUCGAGCGGGAAAUUGUGAUGAAGAAUCAGAAAAUCCAAGGAGAAGACGCUUUUCGUUAACAUGGGGAUUUCGAAGAGGGACAGGAGACACAAAUUUGGAAGAAGCAACUUUAGCUGUCGUAGACCAAGGAGAGAAUUUUUCGCCAGGUGUACAGCCUCCUUCGUCAAGGUCUCAAGCACCCCGGGAAUAUGGCAGAGCAAAUGCUAUUAGCUUGGAAGAACUUCAACGAAGAAGAAGAGAAAAAGCACGCUUAAAAGCAGCCCAACAUAAACUGGAAUACUUUCUUAUCAAUGAUAUCGUUUCUGUAACAAAUUGCCCCUGGUACUGGGGAAAAAUCAAUAGAUUCCAAGCUGAAAAGGUGAGAAACUUUACGUAAGUAUAUCUUGUUUAAAUGAAGACAACAAUGAACCUAUUAUUGGGUACAUUUCUUGAUCAAAGUGGAUAUUUCCUUUUCUCAUUAACUAAUGUCAUUAUCAGAACCAUGCCUAGUUGCUGUUCUUUUGUACGUGACCGGGAAGUUUGUAACCCAAUUUUAGUUUCGUUUGCCUGCGUCGCGGACGCUCGAAACCUUCUUCCUUAGUCUUAAAAAUUUCCGUGAUGUUAGAUCACGUUACAAAAAACUAUUUGUACAUUACAGAUAAAAAAGGCGGAAAUUGAAAGCAAACUAUGUUAUGCUUGCCUCUUUCCAGCCUACGAUUAUUGAAAAUGUGAGCAAAGUAUACAGACAUUUUUUAAAAACGAGUUUUGGAGUUAAUGACGGGAGGGAAAGGAGCCCUAAAGAUUUAAAGCUACGUUAUUUUGAUUGAUGCAUUUUUGUCAUUGUCAGUUUCGGAUGUCUCAAGCUAAUUGAACAUUAUACCCAUUUCCUAAAGUGAACUUAAAAUACCAGUUUUCACCUGUUCAUUUUGUCUAGUUUGAAAACCUACGCAUUGGAUUUUAAAUUGCUAAUUUUGCUCACAGCUCUAAGUUUUCCUUUGAGGCAUAUUACAAAUUCGAGGGGAUUCUUUUCCUUAUAUAUGAAUUCAAAGUAGACAGACUGCAAAUUAUAGUAGUUGCUAAAAAAUAUAUCCACGUGUCCCUACGUGUCCCAUAUGAGUUGCUCUGUAAGAUUUUAUAAGAUAGGUAAUACAUGGCCAAGUAUUCUACAAUUAUAAAUAUUUAAAGAUGGAGAUAUCCAUCUAUCGAUAUUAAGUCAAAGGAUGACAGGAAGUGGGCUUCUUGCCAGGAAAUUGACGGAAGGGGAAAACCCUCCACUAUACUGGAAUUAUGAGACCUCUCAAUGCCCCCAUUCAAUUUAAUUUUACAAAAAAAUACUGAGGUCUAAAAAAAGGUUUAAAUCAUCUGCAACGAAAAAUCCAGUGGACAAGAGGUUAAAAAACUUUUACGAUUAGAAAUUGAGCCUGUCUUGGCUGAAAUUGGCAAAUUCCCCUGGGUUUAGGGUAGUAGAGUCUGUCUUGUCCCAUGCUUGUGAUAUGAUGACCAUUAUAGUUAUAACAGCCUGUGUAGAGCUAUGUCCCUUGUACCAUUUUGGGUGGGUCAUAUACAACUUUGAUACCUUCCUUGUGCGGGAAAAUGAAACUGUACUUUAAAAAAGGCGCAGUGUUGAGGCCAGAAUGAUAUUCAGACACUUGACACUUCAACCAGCCUGACUGAAUGCAAACUUCAACUUUCUUCGAACUUCUCAAAGUCAGCAAGCGCAUGUAAACUUUAGUUUUUGUUUUGAUUUUUCUUUAAACGAUACAUUGCGUGUUUUUUUCAGUUGCUUUAAGCCACUGAGGAGGAGGGAGCACUCUCAAAACAUCUGGCUUUGUCAUGCCCUUUCAAUGCACUUUGUGAUAAAUGCUGUAAAAAUCAUCAAACAUUUACGUUUCACAGCAUUUUCCAAUUUUUUGUACUUAAAUAUGCACAAUUUGGUCAAACAAGCCAGAGAAAAACUCCAAAGAACAUUAAAUGCCAGGACUGUGCUCUAGCAAUGCCUGGUGGCCUGUGGCACUUAAAUUUUGCUCCCGGGCGACUAGAAAAUCUCAUUUUUUUGUUCAUACAAAUCAUAUGCUCGGUGCCCUGGAUUUUACAUCAACCUCAGAGCACUGGGUUGCCUUCAAUUUUUCUUAGAGCACAACAUUGAACUUUGACCAGAAGAAUCUCAACAUUCCUGAGCUUUGAAGGCUGUAAUUUGGUGUCAAGAACAAAGAUCCAUGUAGUGCUUGACUGGUAAAUAAUAUACGCUUUGGGCAGUUUUGUUUCUUUUUGCUCACAUAGUUAACAUAAAACAGCUUGAAUAGCUUGAAAUGUGAAAUGACAUGUUUCAGCAAAAUUCCUGUAGUCCAGGCAAAGAUAUAAAAAAAUUUGAUUGUUGUGAAGGUGUUAGUGGUUGAUGUAACACAAUGUUUUUGUUUGUUUUCUACCCAAGGUGCUUGAAGGUUACCCAGAUGGGACAUUCCUCUUACGCGACAGUGCACAAUACCACUACCUGUUCUCUGUGAGCUUUCGCAGGUAUUCCCGCACCUACCAUGCAAGAAUUGAACAAUGGAAGCAUAAGUACAGCUUUGACAAACCAAGUGACUAUUCAUAUUAUUCAACAAGUGUCUGCCAGCUGUUACAGCAUUACUCCCGAGCCGAGCAGUGUAUGUAUUAUGAACCUAUGUUACUGAAGCCCCUACAAAGGAAAGUACCACCUUCACUGCAGGAUCACUGCAGAGCAGCAAUCUGUAGCAGAAUUACUUUCCAAGGAGUGAGCGAACUUCCUCUGCCAAACUCUAUGAAGAUAUUUUUGCGGGAAUUUCAUUACAAAGUCCCUGUGAAAAGGACGGAGGACAAGGGCACACAAACACCAGCUCCCAAGAAAAGACUGAAUUCUUUUUUUCAUAGAGACUAGGUAUAUGUAAAGGUUUUAUUCGGAAGAUUUGGUGACUCCUAUGUGAGAGCAGGAGAAUGAUGCCGCAUUCAGGAGACUCCUGGAUAAUCCGAGAGAAUUAGCAAAUAUGGGUUAGUGGGAGUUCAACUGUCCUCACUUCUACACUUAUAAACAUAUCGACUUUCUCUGAAUUAGUCAUUUGCUUGGACUUUUUUGUACUGGCAGUGGAUGUUAAAAUGUUACUUUAAUUUAUAAGGUGGUGGAUCCAGGGGAGGGGCCCCGGGGGUGCCUCCCCCCGCCCCGCUCCAUUUUUAGACCAAACUGAGGCCCAAAGGGCCAAACAAAAAUUUUUCUAGCCCCCUCCCCCACCUCCUCUAUCUCAGGGUCUCGAUGACCAGGCCCUCUCCUUAUCUGAAGGUCUGGAUUUGCCACUGGUUAUUACAAUUAUUGCAUUAAUUUUUCCACAUUUAGGAACAAGUCUUGAACCUUUUGGCAACAUACAAACACAAAAAAACAUCCUAAACAAUUUCAAGUUCCUUUUAGCUUAGUUUAUGUAGUCUGACAAGAGAGUACCUACAAGUUAAAAAUGUAAACAACAUUAUACAAGAUGUUUUGAAUCAGUAAAAUUGUCAAAUUUAUGCAGACAUACAGAACUGACAUAUAAACUUUGGAGGUGAAAGUUUUUACAUUUUUUACAUCUCUUCUACUAUUACGGUAUUUGGGUUGGCCACCCAGUUAAAUGUAGGAUUGCCACAAGCAUAAUAUCAUCUUGUAACUUUACUUUACCCUGGCAUAUUUUGAGGGUUUUUCCGAGAUUGUGUGACAAUCAUUGCUGAAGCCAUGAAGGUUAGAUGUAAUGUGCCAAGAGAAGAAAAACCUUUUUGCAAUUUUAACAACACAUUUAGAUCUUAUUUUGUAACUCAUUUUCUUGGAAAGCUUGAUAAACAGCUUCAUAACAGUUUAUUGGUACUUGAAAACUUUCAAUAAUGUUAGUGCAAGUAGAAAUUGAUUUUAUGUUAAAAAAAACACUUGAAAAGUUGACUGAUAUUUACUGGUGUACUACAUUAUUAGUUAGGUAGGGUAUGAAAAAAAUAGCAACAAAUUAGAACAUUGUACAGAAAACUUCGUAAUUAUAUUCCCUAGCCUUAAAGCAGCUGUUUUAGAGAAGGCAG